ACAACCUUUACCUUACAUUGAUUUACCAAAUAUUAGGCAAUGUUUGAUACGUCAGUUUGGAGGAAACCAGAGGCAGGUACUGUGAUGGUGCAUGAAAUAGCCCAAGGCAGGCAAAACACGCGGAAAACUUUUUAAUUUCAAGACUUUUUCUAUGUUAUUCGACUUAACUUUGCGAUACGAGUGUGCUACGCGGCAUUAAUCAGGUGCGCGUCUAUAGCAUUCUGACUGAAACGUUGCUUACCAGAAUGAUUUCUUCGUUGUACUUGUGUUUGAUUGUUUUGCAAACAUUGUUUAUUGCGCAAGUCGUCGCUCAACUAAAUCUUGGAACAUGUUCUCUACAAUGUGAUCAGUCUACUGCUGUCUUUUCAUUCAGCCGAAGCAAUAUGAGUCGCGGUCCGCCUGGAAAGCGUGGACCUCCAGGUCUACGAGGUGUUAAAGGAGAACGUGGCGCUCCUGCAGUUCAAUGCGAGUGUAAUGGAAUGAAUGAGUUAUCAGCAGUUGUGCAACAGUAUAGGAAUCUCGUAGAGAGUAUACAAAAUGCUACGUUUCCACCGUCGUGCAGAUACGUGCCGUUCAAACCAUUGUGGCAGAAGCCUGUCUACACAAUAUUCCCCUUCGGCAACACAAACCAAGGCAUUGAAGUUGCGUGUGACGUUAUUACUGAUGGCGGCGGAUGGAUGAUCAUCCAAAGGCGAAUUGAUGGUUCCGAAGAGUUUUACAGAAAUUGGAAUGAUUAUGUGACUGGUUUUGGAAAGAUCAACUCAGAGUAUUGGAUAGGUUUGGAUACCAUAUACAACUUGACGAACAGCGGGAAUUACGAACUCAGAGUAGAUAUGGAAGAUUUCCAAGGAAACACAGCAUAUGCUAAAUACAGGAAUUUCCGACUCUUAGAUCGUAUAUAUUACACAGUGUGGAUUUCUGGAUACUCCGGAACCGCAGGCGAUUCAAUGGAAAUCAAUGGUAGAAAAUUUAGCACGAAAGAUAGAGACAAUGACGGUAUUAGUGGUUCAAACUGCGCGGUUCUGUAUAGAGGGGCAUGGUGGCAUAUUGCAUGUCAUGGAGCAAACCCGAAUGGAAUAUAUUACACUGCGGGUCAAACACCAACGCGCGCUCGGGGAAUAAUUUGGUAUUCAUGGAAAGGCUGGUUCGAAUCAAUGAAGUCGAUUGAAAUGAAAAUUCGUCUGAAGUAAUCUUCAUUCGGCACGGUUACAUCUCUUCUUUUACUGCUUUCGCUUUAUAUGUUGAGAUUUGAGUUUGCUCUCAAAAGUGUUUUUCGUUUAUUUUUAUUGUAUGAAAGCAAAAGUAAAAAAGCCUUUGUUUGGCAGUUAGGCUUUAGAAAUUUUGGUUAACCUGUAAAUUUUAACAAGACCCUUUAUUGACUUGCUAAAUGCUUAUUGCUUGCUAAUGUAAAUUAAAAUUUCUAUGCAAUGAGUAA